AUGAAUAUUGCACAUCCACUCGGUGUAGAAAUCAAUUCUGCAACAUUUGCUUGUUAUUCCUCUAAUGAAAUCAAGAAAUUAUCCGUUAAAGAAAUUGUUAACCCUGUUAUUUUUGAUUCAUUGGGUUUACCUACGGAGGGUGGAUUGUAUGAUCCAGCUUUGGGGCCAGUUACUCGUAAUGCUGUUUGCGGUACUUGUAAUCUUGAUCACUUUAAUUGCCCCGGUCAUUUUGGACACAUUCAACUCCCUUGUCCCGUGUAUAAUCCUGUAUUCUUUUCUCAUACUUUGACCUUAUUAAAGGCAAUUUGUUUAAACUGUCAUCGAUUUAAAUUGGCGGCGACGGAGAGUUUUCGAUAUACUGCCAAGCUCAAAUUAUUAAAUUAUGGAUUACUUUUGGAAGCUCAAAGAAUUGAUGGAAUUGCUAUUGAAGAUAUAUUAACAACUGAUGAAGAUCAUAAAUCAAUUGAUGUUGAUUCUACUGAAUUUGAUUCUGAUAAUUAUUUUAGAUCGCUUGGCAAGUAUCUAUACAAUGUUGAUAAGAAAAUUUAUAAGACUACCGCAAUCAAUGCUGAACGAAAAAAUGUAAUAGCUGAAUUUUUGAAAAGGUCAUCUGCUCCAAAACAAUGCAGUAAUUGCAAGAUUUAUUGUCGAACAUUUAAAAAGGAAGGUCAUUCAAAAAUAUUUCAAUGCGCUUUAUCAUCGAAAUUUUCGAAAGCGCAGAGGAAUCAAGAGUUAGCAAAUCAAUAUGCUAAACAACACAACAUACAAGAUUCAAAAGAUCUGGAUUCAUUGGUCGAUGAAGAUCAAUCAUACGUUAUUCAAAACUCUAAAGCUGCAAAAGAAUAUGUUACACCAGAAGCAUUGCGUGAUCACUUUCAUAAGCUCUUUGUGAAUGAAUCAGAUCUGUGUUCUUUAUUAUAUGGCAAACGAGGACUUUUAUUGGAUAACCCGGAUUCUCAGACUGAGAUUGUUAGCGCAGAUAUAUUUUUUAUGAACGUUAUUGCUGUUCCCCCUACGCGUUUUCGUCCAGCAUCAGUUUUUGGUAAUAAUAAGACAUCGAUAAAUCCACAAAAUGAACAUUUAGCUAGAAUUUUGAAUGCACGUCUAGAAUUUUGCACUCAUGCCACAAUGUUGGAUAAAAACAAGAUACAUGUGGAUACUAAUGAGACAAACGAGACAAGCUAUGUAGAUAUUGUUGAAAACUUGAUGAAAAGCUGGGUUGAAUUACAAAAUGCGGUAAAUGGUUUGUUUGACAAUACGAAAGGAAAUCUAAAAUUAAUACGUAACAAAGAACCUGCCGCCGGUGUUAAGCAAAUUUUGGAAAAAAAAGAAGGGUUGUUUCGGAAGCAUUUAAUGGGCAAACGCGUAAACUAUGCUGCUCGUUCCGUUAUUUCACCUGACCCAUAUAUUGACACGGAUGAAAUAGGAGUACCCAUUAAGUUUGCUAAACGGUUGACGUAUCCAGAACCGGUGACAUCUUACAAUGUUAAAGCGUUGAGUCAGGCUGUGUCAAAUGGACCAGAUGUAUGGCCAGGUGCUACAUUUGUUCAAAAUGAGGAUGGUUCUUUGAUAAAUUUAGCAAGUUUGUCAUUAGAAUCUCGUAUGUCGCUUGGACAACAAUUACUUAGAGAACAACAAGACAAAUCAUCUUUUACUCAGUAUUUUGUUAAGACACCAUACAUAAAUAAAAAGAUAUAUCGUCAUCUUCAAGAUGGUGAUAUGUUGCUAAUAAAUCGUCAGCCUACUCUUCACAAACCAUCUAUAAUGGCACAUCGUGCUCGUGUGUUAAAAGGAGAAAUGACAAUUCGUAUGCACUAUGCUAAUUGUAAGGCGUACAACGCAGAUUUUGAUGGAGAUGAAAUGAAUAUGCAUUUUCCUCAAAAUGAAAUUGCGCGUGCUGAAGCCGCAUUAAUAGGCAAUACAAGUCGACAAUACCUUGGUCCGACUUCGGGAUCUCCUUUGAGAGGCUUGAUUCAAGAUCAUGUAGUGGCUGGUGUGUGGAUGACUUGUAAGGAUACGUUCUUUACGAAAGCUGAUUAUCAGCAGAUCAUAUUUUCUGCACUAAGAUUAGAUUCUUCUGAUUUGAGACGAAUUUUGACCGUGCCGCCUGCUAUACAAAAACCGAAAGCACUGUGGACUGGAAAACAAAUGAUAACCACUAUACUAAAGAAUUUAACUGUUGGCCUUGUCCCUCUAAAUUUGCGAUCUAAAACCAAAAUUUCAUCUAAGUACUGGGGUUGGAGCGCGCCCGAAGAGGAAACUGUAAUUUUCGUUGAUGGAGAUUUUCUCACUGGAAUCCUUGAUAAAUCACAAAUUGGAGAUUCUGCAUUUGGAUUGGUUCAUUCAUGUUAUGAAUUAUAUUCUGCCGAUAUUACUGGUCAAUUUCUUAGUGUUUUGGGCCGUUUAUUUACAACAUAUAUGCAACGAUACGGAUUUUCGUGUCGUAUGGACGAUUUGAGAUUGACACCAGAGGGCGACCAGGAACGAAAAAAAUUAAUGAAUAAUAAUGUAAACCUUGGUAAAAUUGCUGCUUUUAAAUAUGUAGGGCUGAGCAAGGUUGUCGAGAACACGGAUUUGCCAAGCACGGAUAAAGAAAUAUCAGAAUUUAAAAAUAUGAUGGAAGAAGUAUUGCGCGAUAGUGAAAAGCAUCAAGGUUUAGAUGCUAUUAUGAAAUCAAGUGUAAACAAAUUGACCUCAUCAAUUAUUGCAAAUUGUAUACCAACGAAAUUGUUGAAACGCUUCCCGCAUAAUAACAUGCAAACCAUGACAAUAUCCGGGGCAAAAGGGAGUAGUGUGAACGUUUCGCAAAUAUCAUGUUGUUUGGGCCAACAGGAAUUAGAAGGUCGGCGUGUACCAGUAAUGGUUAGUGGAAAGACUCUCCCAUCAUUCCUACCUUAUGAACCCUCCGCACGUGCAGGAGGAUUCAUUGGUGGUCGCUUCUUAACUGGCAUAAAGCCGCAGGAAUUCUUUUUCCAUUGCAUGGCUGGCCGUGAGGGUCUUAUCGAUACAGCCGUGAAGACAAGUCGCUCUGGUUAUUUACAACGUUGUCUCAUUAAACAUCUAGAAAGCUUAAAAGUGCAUUAUGACCAUACAGUUAGAGAUGGAGAUGGCUCCGUUAUUCAAUUUCAUUAUGGAGAAGAUUCACUUGAUAUCACCAAGCAAAAACAUCUCUAUGAGUUUAAGUUUAAUACAGAAAAUCAUAAAGCAUUGUUACAAAAAUACGAUAUUGCAAAAGCACAACAAGUGCUAAAUACUUCUUGUGCGUCUAUUUACGCAAAGAGAGCAGCAAAAAAGCCUCACGAGUAUGAUCCAGUUCUUUCUAAAUAUUCUCCAAGCACUUACCUAGGUUGCGUUUCCGAGAAAUUCCAUAAUGCUUUAGAGAAGUAUACGAAUGAGGAUCUGGAUGACUUAUUUAAAGCCGAUUCAAUAUCAAAAUCCGCUUUUCGAAAGCUUAUGCAUCUUAAAUACCUUCAUAGCUUAGUUGAACCUGGCGAGUCAGUUGGGCUACUAGCAGCUCAAGGCAUUGGAGAGCCAUCAACGCAAAUGACAUUAAAUACUUUCCAUUUUGCCGGAUUUGGUGCGAAGAACGUCACCCUCGGUAUUCCUCGUUUACGUGAGAUAAUUAUGACAGCAUCGGAAAAGAUAAAGACACCAAUGAUGACACUUCCCUUGCUUGAAAAUGUGUCUGAGCAAGAAUCAGCUAAAUUCUGUCAGGAAAUAAGCAAAUUAACUUUAGCUGAAAUUGUAGAUCAAAUGAUAGUAACUGAACAUUUGUCUAGUAAACGAGAUACGGAUGGAUCGGUUCGAUGCAGGAUUUAUAAUAUUCGCAUGCAAUUCUAUUCACGUGAAGAAUAUACAAAAGAAUUUAAUAUCGUACCUUCGCAAAUUGAGCGCGCAAUCGAAUCAAAAUUUAUAAAACAUCUUAUGAAUGCGAUAUCUACUGAAUUUAAAAACACUAAAAGCAAGAAUGAAAGUUACAUUGAUGCUACAUUUGAUGAGGAUGAACCGAUUAACACUGGUGGAGAUGAAUCUGAUGAUGGUGAUGGCGAUGCUACUAAUGCAAGGAUAAAUUCUAGAACCAAACAAUUUGCGACCUACGAUGGACCGGAUGAUGAUGAUCUUGAGAUCAUUAAAGAGAAUGACCUUGCAUUUGACAAUGAAAAUUCAGAAACGGAUGAUAAUAGUGAGUGGAGAGAAGAUACAGAUAAUGAUACGGACCAACCACAAGAUUCAUCCUUAAAGUCACGAGACAAAACUAAGCGAUCUGUUUUACGAGACAAAGUUGUAGCGUCUUCAAACUGCAUCACCGAUUACCAAUUUGACCAUGUCAAUUCAAGUUGGUGUGAUAUAGAAUUGCGGUUCCCUGCUGAUACCAAAAAAUUGUUAUUGCUAAGCUUAGCCGAAGACGCAUGUAAAAAGACAGUUAUCCAUGAAGUUAGUGGAAUUAACAAAUGCUAUCCAAUCGCGAAUGAUAUUGAGGGAGACACAUCGAAAACUGUUGCAACUGAAGGAGUUAAUUUUCAUAAUAUAUGGUUAUACGAUAACAUAAUCGAUAUUAACAAAAUUUAUUCUAAUGAUAUCGCUGCAAUACUCAAAAACUACGGCGUUGAAGCUGCAAGAGGGGCUAUAAUGAAAGAAAUAUCAGACGUGUUCGCAGCAUAUAGUAUCAACGUAGAUCCAAGACAUUUGACACUUGUCGCGGAUUAUAUGACAUUUGAAGGAACAUUUAAACCAUUUAAUCGAAUGGGUCUUGCAUCGAAUUCCUCACCUUUUCUUCAGAUGAGCUUUGAAACUACUUGCAAUUUCUUGACCCAUGCAACACUUAAUAAUGAUAUUGAUACAUUAAAUUCGCCAUCAGCAAGGCUAGUACUUGGUAAAGUUGUACAAGGCGGUACUGGCAUUUUUGAAGUUCGCCAACUGUAUUUUCAACAAUUAUUUUUCAUUAGUUUGGAAAUUUUGCAAAUUGUUUCUUUUUAA